AGCAAAGGGGCUUAAUCAGGAUCACACAACAAUAAUGAAUGGAAACACGUCGUAGCCAAGAAAGUUGAGCAGCAACUAAAACUAACUGUUUGUCGGGAUUUCAAAGUUUUCUCUCGUGGGUGGAAAUCUGUCGUAAGUAAUGGAUUGGCCCGGCAUAUUGAUGAUUACUUAAUGGAGGAGAAAGCAGCUGAUCUUUUAUUGUUUCAUUUGAAAGUAAGUUUGGAAAGGAAACCUGAACGCGUCAACUGUAAAUGGCAUUUUGGACAUUGAUACGAGGCUACUUCCACUGUCAGCUGUUUCUCUCAAGAAACUGUGUUCUUGGAUUUAUCCGUUCAUGAAAUUGCAGCACAACUUUUGAGGGUUUUGAUUUUCUAAACUGGAUUAUCAUCAGCAAAGACGAUCAAGGAUUUACCAAGUUGACUAGAGAGGAUUACUACACAUCUGGGACAACAUGGGUAAUAUAGAGAGUGUGGACGGACAGUCGGAGAUGAAGCAUCACAUUAUGCCUCUGAAGGUGCCCAUGCCUGACCCCACCGAGCUGGAGGAGAAGUUUGCCAUAGUUUUGGUAUGUUUACCUCAAAUAAAAACAAACAUGUAACACCUCUACAUUUCUUAUUUGAAAUCACAAACUUUUCACUUAAAUUUGAUUUGAAGAGUUUCAAAAUAUUUCUUCUUCUUUUCUAUUUAGACUCACUCUAAGGGGUAUUUGUGUUUGAUUUGCUGGGUAUUUGUCGUUCAUGAUGAGUGGUUGAUGUCUUAAAUGGGGGGACCUGAGCCGUCCCGCCCCUCAUUCCCUGCCUGCUGUCCCUCCUCUCCUGCGGUUCUUUUGUCUCCCCUAAAGUCAGACAACUCAGCGUUUGGCUCAAGUGGCAAACACUGAACGCAGCAUGCAGGGAGAUGUGGGGGAGAGUGGGUUUUUUUGUAGUAUAUCACAGGCUGAAAACACAUCACUGUUUGUUUCCCAUCAUGACAUUCUCCGUCUGAGUUUACAUCAAGUUUUCUCGCCGCAAGCAAAGCCGCCUAUCUGAAAGCAACAUUUUCUGAAUUCCCCCAAAACUCCCACAGCCGGAGAGUCUCCCCCUCCCCUCUCUCUCCCCCCACUCUCCUCACCAGGCUGUAGUUGAGUUGUCUGGGCACUUUGAAAUCAUGAGCACAAAGUCAACACCCACUUUUACCGACUCUCAACGCAGACAAGUGAAUCUGUCAUCACGUCAACGGGACAUUUCUUGAAUAAUUGACUCAACACAUCAGGGACUUUACACCUUUCUUUCUAUUUAUUUUGAGGCCUAUCACUGACAAUGAAACGUACCAAUAUUUGACUAUGCUAAAGCCCACAACUGGAUGAUUCAGUGGGUCAUACCCAGGGUUGGAAAAAUCUUAGUUUAUGAAACUAUUAGAAGGAAAACACAGUUAUGUUGACAAUCUACUUAUGACAGGAGCUGUAAUGUAAUCAUUAAUUUACAGAUUCCCCACUUUUUUGAUCUAUAAUAUUGAUCUGUUGUGAUAUUAGCUUAGAAACUUUGAGUUUUGGAAAUUUAAUAAGAUAUAAUGAUAAUAAUAAUAUUUGAAGAUAUCCUUUUUAACAUUUUGACUUUCUUCUGACAUUUUAUCAAGUAGAGUUUUGAUCUAUUAAUCAAAAAAUGUAACCCCACCCCAUAAAAAACAAAAACUCAACUAAUAAAAGCCUUAUUUGUUGCGUGCAUAACAUUUAACUGCCUUAUUAGAAAUUGAUUAUGAAAUUGAUAUGAUUGAAAAAUGGAUUGAAAGCUGUAGUUGGCCUCGCAAACAUACUGGAAAUAAUUGAAAAUAUCUAGCAUGGCAUAUCACAAGUUUGAUCCACAAGGAAACCAUGAGAAAACUGCCGUUAAGUGAAGCAAUAAUGGCACACUGUGAGGGAAAAAAAAAACUGUGGUUUGUAUUUUUAUCUGUCAUUGCCACACUUGCCUAGGUUCAAGAACCAUUUGUUUUUAUUGUGACUGCAAUAGUUAUAUCAGGAUGCUGCUUUGGCCUUUUCACUGUGGUGCCCGGGGGAAAAGUCCUUCAAAAGAGUCACACUCUUUAUAUUUACAGGAGAAACAUUUUAGUCAUUUACAAGACCUGUUUUUUGAGUUGCCUACCCGAGCUCCUGCUUUGCUCCACCCGUAUCCAAACAGAAAUACAAAAAUCAGAAAGCCUUUGAACAUAGGUAUUAUACUCUUUGUUUAGUUUUUGUUCCCCACAGGUGCUUAUUUCGUUCUUUUCACUCCUCAUUUCAGCUCUGCCACACCCAGCCUUCAUUUUCAGCUGUUUAAUACCUUAAUUACAGCAUCAGCAGCAAAGAGGUGGAUCUUAUCUUCACAGCAUUACUUACUUAGUCUGAUUCUUGAACACUUUAUGGAGCCUCUAUCUUUCUUGAAUACUAAGGUGCAGUAUUAAAGUUGCAGAACUGUCAGUUGCCACAAAGUAAAGCCAUUACAUAACGAGAUUAACAAAAAAAGGAGCCACUGAAGACCUGGAAGGAGGCUACUGUUCUUACCCAAAGCUACUGAGAUAAAUAAACUCAGCUGCGCUAUGCUAUGAGAGCCAUUUUGACAGCUCAAGUUGCAUCAUUUUAUGCAGUGACUCAUUGCAUGAGAGAGUCAAGCUAAAUGUAAGGUUUCCAGUGUGACUGAUGGGUACUUUUGCAUGCAUCACAUUACCCAUAGAGAAAAAAAAUAUUGUCUAACAGUGCAUCCUGCUAAGAGACCAGUACAGUCUGCAUUUGUUUGACUUGACUGCAACACAAAGUCAAUCCCUGUUAUUAUGUUCAGCCGUGCAGAGCACAUGAUUUCUAUGCAAGAGGCAAUAGACUCAACAUUUCAGUUCUGUCGUUCUGAACAGGGAGAAGAUUUCAACCCCUUCUAACCCCACCCCACCCACCUCACAGUAGCUCCAGAUUUCCUUUACUCUGUGAGAAAGAACGACAUGCUUGUAUAUUUUAGUGUUCUUAUCAGACAAUGCUCCUCUCCCCGCCCUGGUCGCCCCUCUUUGUGAGAUGAGGAGACAUCAAAAGCCUCUGUCUUCAUGGUUAAAGCUUCUCAGGAAGACAAAACCUUGGACUUGUUGUCUGGCCUUGGCUAUAACUCUCCUUCAUUAGUAUCAAGUCUGACAUAAAUAGUCUGGGAGUAUAACUUAGUGCAGCUCAAGCAGAUUUUUUCUUAACUGUGAGGUUGUUGACUUUGCAUGGAAAAAUUCAACAGAAAUGGAUUCGUUUUCCUCUUCUGUUUCUUCCUGCAUGAUGACGCACUGAUAUCAACGGACAUGUCUACUUCUGCAUGGCAGGAGUGACCUCCUCUCUCAGGCACAGAGCACUGCAGACGUCCCACCAGACUGACAGCAGUCAUAAUGAUGUCAUAGGCGCAGGAGCCUUCAACUCUGUAGUAAUAUCCCCCGGCUAAUGACUUUAACAGGACUGCUCUACUGUAGCUGGCUAAGGGCUGUGGAGGAGGGGCUCGAACCCCCUUGGGUUAGCUUCAACUGCUUCAUGCGGUCUGCUAAUAAAAAUGUGUGGGUCAGUUCUAAGCGGCAGCAUGUGCUUAAAGCAUUGUAUCCUUUUCGUCUCUUUUGUCCAGCGUCCCCAGAAACAACUUCAACUCUGUUUUUUUGUGGCUGAAAACAGCUGCCUGGCAUUUUCCUUCCUUCCUUUUACAGGGGAAACUGCACUGUAACCAAUGAUCGUUGUGGUUGGCUCGCUUUACAAUAAGAAGUGUGUUCUUGUGAGAUGUCAUCAGUGUGUAACGUGCCAUUAGUUUAGAUCAUUGUGCAUAUAAAGCUACAAUAGAGUAGACCUCACAGAUAGUUAGUGGACAUGCACAGCACAGAGUCCAUAUAUUUUGGUCCUCUGUAGCCUUCUCUGGGUAGUUUUACUUCUUUUUCCUCUCUUUGUCUUCACUCUUUUGGAUCUUGGCUUUGUGUAAUUCCAGUGGAAUUGUAACCUCUCAUUCACUCAUCCAGUCAGCAUUUCCUACCUUCCCAUUCCCCGAAUCCCUCUCACUGUGGGUCUGUUCCCCAAAUAACUUUCUCCAUAUGACUUUCUGCUUAUAACAUUGACGUGAAAUGAGUAUUCUUUUCUAAAGGUGCAGGUCUGGCCUGGGAUCCUCUUUCAAAGUGCCCAAGCACCAAUCCAUUGCUGGAUUCCUGCGGUCUAGUUUCGGCCGAGGCCACAGGAGAACUCAGAGAAGGAAAAUUUUCUUUGAACUGGCGGUCUGCCACUGUUCUUGGUUGUAAUGACUUUACCAACAUUUUUAAGCAGCGCACACAUAGUUAAGAGCUGUUCGAACUGCAGCAUGAGAUUUUUUUCCCACCUCUUGAUUGCAUUGGAAAUCAUCCUAAGUGAUUUGUCUGAGUCUUUUAUACUCUGACAUGGAGUUGCAUCAUGUAUUGAAACACUGAUGCAGUUUCUUUUUGAAGUUUGAUUGUUCAAGAGAGAUCUCACCCAAGCAAAUGCUGGGAAAACUACAGACGAAGUGAAGUCAGUGGUUGUAGAAUCAGACAUGCUGACGAUGUGACUCCACCGCCUUGUCUGACAUCACUGUUUCGGAGUCUAAAGAAAACUGCUCCGUCUGAUAGAUGCCACUCAAGUGGAACUAAUGGAAUCAAGCUGUGCACCGAUUUAUUGGGCACAAAGCUAAAUCAUUUUUAUGUGUUUAAUGGCAGUUGCAGUUAAUUUAUGUGCUUGCUAUUUCUACCACUCCCUUUGUCACUCACAUCAUCACCACUGUUCCUCUCUAAAAAGAGAAAAAUGUGUUUGUUACGUCACUCAAGUUGAGAGAGUUUGGAGCCUACAUCUGGAUCAGCCACCCACCGUCCCAGGAAGAGGGGGAUUACGGGAGUUGAGUACAUGCAGUAGCCUAAACUCGGUUUCAGAGCAGGCGAGCUGUCAAGGGGGUUGAGCACAAGGCCGUCCACCUGGCUCUCUACACCCUCAGGCCACAAUUCUGUAACGUAGGCCAGGAUUUAUAGGGAGUUUUAGUGCCUCUCCCCUCCUCUCUCCACAGUUAUUUUAGGAAGCAAAGGUCAAGUUAAAGACCACAGUGGGCAGAUAUGUCACGAAAUAGUCAUCUUUUAGGUUUUGAAAAUAUGCUUGCUUAUUUUCUUGUCCAGUUGGGAGGUCUAUGCCACCUUCAUCCAUCAGCUGUUUACAGUAAACAAAGAAGGUAUUAACAAACUUGUCUGCAUAUCAAGCAAGUUAAUUAUCCCAUAACAUUCAGUUUGUUUUGAAUCCAAAGUUACAGAAAAUGGUGCUUGGACAGAAAAGCUUUAUCAUGUUAGCUGUUUCCAAAUCUUCUGCUCUUAACGCUAAAUUAACCUUUCGUUAAAGUUGUUGUCUUUUGGAAAAACAUGCUAUUUUUUUCUCAUUAAAGCUUAGUCUAUGAAGUUAAUGUUCUCCCAAGUGUCUGCCAAAAAUCAAAAGAUAAGAGAGAGGGAGAGAGAUACCUUUAUCAAUCUCACAGGAGGAAAUUCCAAAAGUUACAGCAGCAUAGAUAGCAUAGAUAGAAGCAACAGCUAGUUAGCUUAGCUUAGCUUAGCACGAGUAUCAAAAACGGAGUGGCUCAUCAACACAGUUGUAUAAAUAACAAAAAAAAUACUGUGGUUGGACAGACAAGGCAGAUCAGGCUAGCUUUAUUUUAGCCUACUCUGUCCUAUUGCUGAGCGUAAGUUGCAGAUAUAGUUGGAAAAGUCGCCUUUAUUGUUCUUGUCUUGGAAUGAUAGUAUAGAUAGAAGCAUUAGCUAACUAGCUAAGCUCAGCAUGAGUAUCAAAAACAGAGUGGCUCAUCAACACAGUUGUAUAAAUUUAAAAAAAAAGACUGUGGUUGGACAGACAAGGCACACCAUGCUAGCUUUAUUUUUGCCUACCCUGUCCUAUUGUUAAGUUUAAAUUGUAGAUAUAGUUGGAAAAGUUGCCUUUAUUGUUCUUGUCGGGACUUCGCUCAGCAAAAAUAUUCAAGAACAGAUCCUGAUCAUUUUUUUCCAACUUCAACACUUAAAAAAAAAAACAACCAUAAGCAAGGCAUUAGUUGUUCCUGCAUAUCACAUAGAUGUGUGUGGAUCUGGAUUAAUUUAAUUCUCCUGUUCAAAGGGAAGGCAUGUGUUUGUCAUUUAAGAGCAUGUGUUAGUGUUUCGGAGUAUGUGCAUGUGUGUGUUAUUGUGCAUUUGUGCUUGUCAGUGGGGGUUUGCAUGCUGCUCUUAAUGCAGCUGCACCGAAGCUGUAGGUUGGAGAAGUGGUUUCCUCCUCAGUACAAUAGGGAGUCUGUCAGUCAGUGUUGUUUCAGAAAAGGGGGCCUCGUCCCCCGGUGCCUUUUGUGCUGCUUCACCCUUUUCUUUUUACAUGGACGCUCAGGAGGACUGUGUAAGCCUGUUUAAAGCAAACAGUGGAUUAUGUCUUGAUGCGACUUAACUAGUGACAUGAUGUAAUGAUUAUUUUCAGGCCUUUCCUUAUGACACAAAAUAGUCUAAAAUAGUCUUGUUUCUUUUUUCGUUUGUGAUUUUAAAACAUUUCUACUUUUGGGGGGUUUACAGUGACACAUCAUUACAUUAAGUCACAAUGAGUGGCAAAGGGGAAUUUUUGAAAGAUGUGUGACUCUUUCAAUGGUUCACAUGUGGACUUGAGUCUCUUGGUUUUUGUUCCUCUUUCCGUUAUUUGCACCAUUUCUCCCUCCUUCCAAACCUCAAAAGAAAACAGAGGUGCUUACAGAAAUUUCUCUUGAUUUAAACCUGUUACUUCUCCUCAUCCCAGGCACAGAUUUGUUGCCCCUUUCUCUCUCUUUGACCUUCAUCUUUUUAACUAGGCAGUGUGUCAAAAGGCCUAGCCAGCAUGGGUUAUUGAGGCAUUCAUGUACCUGCAUUCCUGACAUUCUCUCUGUGUAUCUCCUGUUGGCAGGGGCUUCCCUGGGCCCAUGUAGGGAUGCAAACAAGAGCACAAACAGGAUGUGCGACACACCGGAUUGAACAAAAUCCUCAUGAUUCAUGAUCAGUUUGUAGUUUUAUUGUAUAACUCUGUUCUUACCUCACUCGUAUCUUUGUGUCUGUUCGCACUUCCUCGGCAGAAAACGGGACAAAUAGUGAUCAGGUGGCAACAGAUUGAUGUCACUAUUGUGUUGGAAGUCAAAAGCUUCCUGGACAAGUUCAUGUAAACAAGUGGAUAACUGGAGUUGUUUCUCAUUUGAAGUUUGAAAAACAUCUGGCCCUAGGAGACUAACAUUUUCAUCUUUAUCUCAGGCUGUGGCCAUGAGUUUGAAUCAAAGAGCCCUCUGAUGAUAACAGCCUCUAUGAACCCAGCUAUCUCCAUGCUCGAUCACAGUUAUGUCAGCGUGUGAAUAAACAGAUUAACAAAUGGGCUGUGGAAAAUGGCUUUUUGAUUUAUUAAGUAAACGGGGCAUUUCAUCAACUUUCUUUCGCUUUUGUGUGCUUUGGAAUAUCCAUUUAGUCUUGUGGUGUGAAGAAGUGACCGUAGGUGGGGAAAGUUAUUUUUCUUAACACUUUCUAUUUGUAUGUCAUAGCCUAAGAUGCAAGCAAAUGGGAGAAAAGAGGGAUUUCAGGCUAAAGAUGGAGAUGUUUAGGAGCAGCAGAGGACCAGAGAACAAGAGGAUAAAGCCAUUUUAAAAACUGUCACAAAUGUUAGUUUUGUCACAUUCAAAUUUAGGCUUAAGUAUUUAACAGGACUAACACCUGAACGUUUGAGUGCACCCACCUCAGAAUAGAUCAUUUGAGCUCUUCAACUGUGAAGAUUGUUUGAUUUCUCUCUGAGCAAUUUAAAAAUAACAACUUGGAUGUUACUGAAGAAACUUUUUGACUCUGGGAAAAUAAAUAUAGAUUUUCUCAAUUUUCCAGUUGUACAGCUUAAUCUAGGACAAUUAAUGACACAAGUAUAGGAAAAUUAUCAAAUACAUCUGGAUUUAAUGGUUUAGAAUAUAAAAGGCUUGAUUUUUGUUUGGAAAGUGAAAUGAGCUGAUGUUAACUCAGCUGUCUUUCACCAUCGUUGUGUACUACAUGCUUGAAGUCUCACAUAUCAGGAAGGCGGUUUGAGUUGACCGCAUUUGCAUCGGACUGAGUUGCUUUACCUGUUUUGCUGAUAUCUUAAUAAACACACUCUUAACUGAGUCUUGAUUAUAUUUGCUGUGUAAACAUGAACCAGGACAGGGAGGGGUGAUCAUUUCACCUCUUCUCCUAUCUAGAAAAUAGCUUCUGCUUUCUGCUAUCAAUACUCCCCCUCUAUCAGGUCCCACCUCAGAGAAAGCUGGUGUAGCAUGUGCCUUGUUGGCCCUCCUGGUCUUUAUACAAGACUCAUGCUUUGUUGUGAUUGCCUGGUUCGGGUUACCUCACAAAAGAGCGAUAGGGUGAUCGGAUAUCUGCGUAGAGAAAGGGGGGCAGUGUUUUCUCACACUCCUCUCUGUUGCUUCUAAAUCAAGGAGGCUUACCCAGGAGCUGUAAAAAAACACCAGGAACUCAUUCAUUCAUUGUUGGAACUGAUGUGCAGAAAAACACACAUACACUCACAUGCUCGUGUACACACAGCAGUCAUGGUACAAAUCUGACAUUACUCAGGCCAGUUUUUAAUUUCCUGGAGAGUUCAGGAAGUCCCCGCAGCCUCAUGACGACAACAGCCGAGCCUCUCAUCCUGUCUCCUCUCAUUGUGUUUCGAUAGAGAGGAAGAGCAGGAGUCCAAACAAAAGCCCUGACAGUCAUUAAUGAACGGUACAUUUAGAUGCUGUCAUACGCCGAUUCUGAUUCACACUCAGGUUUACCAUGAGUGAUGUCACUGAGUUAGGUCAUCCUGCUCCAUGUGCCCCGCCUCAUGUUGACAGAAUCUACCAUAUAUGAGCACACCAUUUACUUUUAAAGCUAAAUACCCUUUCUGACACUCCUAUUUCUGAUGAGGCUAUUUCUAUUAUUUUUCUGUAACACCUUUGAGUGUUUUUUCCUCUAUUUAUUUACAUACUUAAAAAGAAAACACUGUAAUGUCAGCUCUCACAUUCACUGGGAUCUCUUUGCCUCCUGACUGGUUUUGAUAGGGAUCAGUGGCCUGGCUUUGUCCACCCUCUUCGGGGGCUGCUUCUUGUCUUAUCUCCCCUCUCAUUAUCUGGUCUGUUGUUUUCUUAUGUUCCCAGAUCAGUGUAGUAUUUUCAGAAAUAUGUUGCUGUUGUAGUCCAGGUGCUUUUGCUUUUGAUCACAGUAAUUAACAAUGACAGACCAUAGAUAUCUGAGGGUUAUCAUGGGGUCUCUAAACUUCCAGCAGCCAAAUAAAGCCUUAUGUGGUUUUCAAUGGUGAACUUUUAUCUGUUGAAAGUAACUGAAGUGUCACCAAAUGGAUGUAUAAAAGGAUCUGAAAAUGCUGAACCGAGCUUUUUCUUCCAUUAGCUUGAUAGCCGUUUGCCUGGAGCUUAAGUUGCAUGAAUAAAUAUCAACUCUUAAUAGUGUUGUUGAUUUUUUUCCAUCUCUUUAUUUUCUGCUUUUAAACUUAAUCCAGAAGGAUCAGGAUCUUGUGAUGAUGAAAAAACAAUGCUACUUAAAGCUCCUGUGAGGAACUUUUUGUAUAUGUGUCAAUUUUGGCGCCUCCUGUGGAGAAAGCAGUCAUUGCUUAUCCUUUCCUUACACAUUUAAGUGAUAUUUCCUGACAAAAAAUAUCAUCCUGCUGACUUUUGACGGUCAAAUGUGUCAUUUUGAGGGGAAUAUUGGAAGCUGAAAAUGCAAUCACAGGGCUUUUUCAUUGACACCUACCCCCUAUCACUGAUUUCAGGAAUCAAAAAUUACAAUACAAGAAUCUUCAAUCUUGUUUCUGAAUGUCUUGUUUGCUUUCAUAUGUGAUAAAAAUGCAUAAAUAUGAAUUUGAGUCUUUCAUAUAAAUAAUUAAAAAACUCCUUUACAGGAGCUUAAAUCAUAAAAAUGACCCCGCAGUGUCUCUGAUGUGUUUAGGUUUUCUAUUGUCGUGCAUUGUUGCUGAUGUUGGCAGUACAGCUGGCAGUGCACUCAUGCCUCAGGUCCCUCCUCCCCGGACCCCACCCCGAUGAGCAGACACUCAGACUUGUUGGGGGUAAAAGCGGACUGUCUGGGCCUCUUUAGAGUCUGAACUGCCACAGGCUCAGUCCGGCCUCCUGAGCGUUUUAGCCACCCACUCAUUUCCCUCUGAGCUGAUGACAACUAAGUCUGGCCUGUGUAAACCAAAUCAAAGUAGAUAAAAAACACAGACGCUGCAUUUCCAACCCACUGAUAGAGCACAAAAGAGAGAUCAGAGUGAAUGCAUUUGGUUUGUAGGCCACUUUUAGGGAGUUACAGUCGGAAAAUUAGAUUGUACCUGUUCACCAUCCUGCCAUGAGUGCAGCUUUAUCAUUUUUACAGGCUUAUUAACCCCUGCAGAUUCAGAACCUGUGAUUCUAUACUUACAAACAAUAGCAAAUAGAAAUCAGAAGCCAAGUUUGGCCCUUUGUAAUCACAUUUCCUUUGUUAUCAUUAGUAAGAUUCAUAAGUCACAAACAUUUAUUAAAAUACAGAGUCAGAAAUGGUUGAGUGAGCUGGCUAAAUUUCUCUUUCACUCAGAAGGAAAUUUGAAAAUUAAAAUUGGUUCAUCAUGGAUCUCUAUUUAUCUCUGUAAACUUCAAAUAGCUCAAACAUGCAGAGUAAUUGAGUCUGGAGCAUACUGGUGUUUUAUCUUAUCCUAAUGGAAAGUGUGAAGCUGUGAGAGAGAUCACGGGAAACAUCCUGUCACUCUUUCCCAUUUGUCUCUCCGGGAGCCUCUGACUGGAGUUGCAGGUCGUACUCUUGACUCAGGGUUGGUUGUAAAUCAGCUCGGAUUAGGAAGCUGUCCGCUUUAGAGGCCGACGAAGUUGCCCUGUUGACUCUGAUAUCUGUAGUGACCCUGGACUCUGCAGCAUCCCCCUCUCUAUUGAAGGGGGUCCGUGCGUGACUGGAGCGCUCUGCUGAGUCCUUGAUGGGUCUCCUGGACUCUUCAUGCCUCCUUAACCAGAAACCCAACCCCCCUCAACUACUUUAACGGUUGAGUCUUGAAAAAAAAACUUCGUCUGUCUUUGUCAAAGCUCAAAUUUCUCUCUGUUUUAGAGUUUUAUGCCCUCUUUGUCGGCCGGUUACUCCUCUGCUUAAAUCUCCUCUGCAACCUUAGCCCACCUCUUAACGCCUGUCUUACCUUGAGUUAUUCUCUUCCUCUGUUUUGUUUUCUUAUUUACUAUAUGAAAUUUACAAUGACAUGAAAUAAUUUAGCAUUUUUUUGGUGAGUCACUUUAUAUUUAUCCUUACUUAUUCAAACAAUCUUGUGUCACUUCAUUUAUACACUUAUUUUCUGUUAACUUCAAUUUUGUGCAAGAAACCCUUGACAUAAACAGAGAAUAUAUCAACAUAUCUUGUGUUUAGAAUUUUGGUCUUCUUCUGUUUGACUUAAUUGAAAUUUAAUGCAACAUAGUUUGUCAUUUUGUUUGCUGUCCUGGUCCCCCCUCCUAGCUCACAAUGGGGACCCAUGAUUGCAGAGAUAGCAGUGAUAAUAGAACCAGUUAAUCUGGUUCUGCUGUGUACUGAUGGUGUCUUUUACCCGGAUUCUGCUCUGCACAGCAGCACCAGAGGGCAUAAACACUGACCCUGCCCACCAGCCAUUGUCAGAGAUUUUCUAUUAGGAAAAAAUAGCUCAAAUGUCAAAGGAUGGGAAUGGCAGAACACCAAAUCAUAACAAAGCCCCACAUUGAAACCCUUUGUCAGGCCAGUCUCAGGUCAAACCAGACAGGCCUUACUGGAGGAGAGAGAUAUGAGAUACGUGGGCAUCAUGGUUUCAUAACAAGCACCAAACAUUUUUGGCAUUUCUGUAGUAUUUAACCCCUCAAAAGGGCCGGUCAAUUUAGCGUGACCCUUCGCUUUACGGUUUCUAAGUUGCUCCCUCUCUCCCAUGAAACAACAUCUUUUUUCGCUGUUAUAAACACAGGAAGUGCAAGAUUGUAUCGCUGUGGGAGAAAGUGAAAUGAAAUUAGCUGAAUUAGGUUACUUGGCUCAACAUACCCAAAUCUAGUCAGAAAGGAAACAUCCCCUGUGUUUAUGACCUGAUGUAGGACUCCACCUCCUCUUCUAUUUGAGCAGUACUUCAUGUACACUUAUUUUUUUAAGCAUUUGUAGCUCCGCACACAUCUCCUUGAAGUCCCACCUGUAUUUGUUGACACAUCCAGAGGCUCUAACUGACAGAAGGCAGAACAGUAAAAACAACAAAGUCCUCUUUGUGCCAUUAGUGCUCAUAUUAGCCGACACCUAUUCGGUUUCUGACGUUAAACGAGUCAAUACACCUGUUCUCACUUUUGAUCAACAGUAAAAUACUCUUUAAACCCAACAGCAAAGGGCAGAGUUUGAUAUUUUUACACAUUUUUAUGGUUCAAAAGUGUACAUCUUUGUGUUUUUAUGAUUUAUGUGUGUGUGUGUCUGUGUGUGUCUGCGCGUGUGUUUGUGUGCUUUUGGUGUUUACCGGUUAUUCAGAGUUGCAUUUUCACAAAUGGGGGCCUGGCUGUCUGCCUGUUUGCCCUACUCCAGUAUGCAUGACUGACUGAGAAAACAAAGGGACACAGGCCCUGUGCCUUGACAGAUGCUAUUUACCAUUUACCUUUUGGGUGUUCAAAAAAAAACAUCUCUAAAUUUCCUUUUUUUAAAUUUGCAAAUAAGAGUCCAAAAGUUAAAGAUGUGAAAGAAUGAUAGCAGAAAUAACUGGCAUACUGACUACAUAAAAAAAUCACUGAAAGGCCCAAUCCAUCAUUACAAUUGAUUUGUUUAAAGUCAUACAAGCCAAUUCAUCAAUCCUUUUCCUGCAAUGAAAAGCAGAAUCUCCUCUCAGAAAAGUCUGCUGUCCUUGUAAGAUAUCCUCAGAAAACAGGUAAUUUAUAGCUGACAGAUACAGAUGGGAGGCACUUCUCCUCACUUCCUUGUCUGACCUUCCUCAAGACUAAAAUGUCUCCCAGGAGAGAUAGAGGAAGAGAGGAAGCAGGUCGGGGGUUAGACAUAAGAAAAAAUUUACUAGUAUAAACUACAACUAUAAACAACACACAUUCCUUCUGUAAUUCUGGACAUCUGGUAUGCAUGUUGUUUCUCUUCUCUCUUGCUCAGGAUUUAUAAAGAGGGUUACGUCAAGGGCUCCAUAUGUGAGAUCUCUGCAGCACUUUCCCCCACGGGUUCAGCUAUGUCAGGCAAUGUCUCUCUGUAAUAGCUGUUUUUAGAUGUCUUUUUCUUUCAAAUUCGACAGUGCAUUUUUAAAUUAUUUUAAUUAUGAAUCAGCUGCAUGAAAGAGAUAUGUAGAAGAAAUACAGAAGCUGUGCUGCCUUAUCUCAGACCUCUUGAGACAAAUGUUUCACAAAGUGCAAAUAGAGCGAGCAAGAGUGCCCGAUGCAAAAAGAUUAUUUCCAAAAUAUUUGCAUUUGACGUUCAAGCCCUGCCUGUAACUGAGGAGUGGUUAAAGGAAAGAGAAUAUGCAAUUUUCCAUCUGUCAAAGACUCCACCAGUGGCAAAAUGCCAGCGUGGACAUCACCUCUGAUCUGGGAUGGGUUAACUGGGUGUUACAUUCUGGAUGUGCGGCUGAGUUAUAGCCGCAGGUUAAAAGUCAGGCUAAUAGGCCAUUUGUGGCCAGGCUUAUGGGUUCUGUUGAUUGGUGUGAAUGAGAGUUCCCAGUGCAAACAAUCCCUCAGGUCUCUUUGAGGAGAAAUGCUAAACCAAUAUGUUGAUUUGUUGGUGUGCAUCCUUGUAUUGUUGUGCUUCCUCACUUCUGAGAUAUCCACGUCAAACACUGUUAACAAGCUCUUGGCUUUGCUGCGGAAGUUAUAACUCAGGAACUUGUGCUGUAUAGUAUGUGUUGUUUUCACUCUUGUAUAAGGACAUAAAACCCUUGAGUGGGCUAGUUUCUAAACACAAAUUAGAGCAUUUAGGGUUUAAACUGUGGCUGUCUCGUUUGGUGUUCGAGUGUUUUCACGAGGGGAUUAGACAACAGGUCUAAUAAUGGGUCUGUGCUGUAAUUGUGUCUUGAUGUGGUUAAAAGUAAAGUGGGACUGAGAAAGGAUAUGUAGAUCAUCUCCUGCUGCAGGAUGCUAAAAGAUAACACAGGAAGUGAGGUCAUUGGGUAAGUCCCCAAAAUGUUGCUUUUGGCGCCAGAGGGUUGUAAUGCCCAAGACUCUUCUGGUCACUACUCAAAGUAGUCUAAUAAUAAACAGUAUAUAAAUAAACUAUGAAUAAUAUUUUCUUAUUCUGCUUUUUCAGAAUUCUAUGAACCUUCCUCCAGACAAAGCCAGGCUCCUCAGACAGUAUGACAACGAGAAGAAGUGGGACCUCAUCUGUGACCAGGUGCAUUCAAAAACCUUUAUGCAUCAUUACCAAAUCAAUUAAGACCAAUUUGGCAUCAUCAUAUUACUCAUCCUAUAAUGGCAGUGUGACUUCAGCAAACACACAUUACAAUGUUCUCUCUGUUGUCCAUCUUCAGGAGAGAUUUCAGGUGAAGAAUCCGCCUCACACCUACAUCCAGAAGCUACGAGGAUACCUCGACCCUGGAGUCACACGAAAGGUGAGACAGGACGAACAACGUCCACUAAGUCGGGUAUACUUAAAGCUGCAUCAGCUUCUAUUGGUGCGGCACAAGUAAAACAAAUAAAUAAGAUGUUUGCAGUUCAAUAGGAUCUUCAGCUACAUUGGCCUGAACCAGCAUAUCAAACCUCAAAAAGCCAAAUAAGCUACAAGUGUAUUUGCAACAAAGUGAUACCCUUUGUUAUGCUAGCUGCUAACAGCACAAAAUACUGUAUAAUUGUUGGUGCAUCAUCACCUUAUGAAGCCUGGAGAAAACAUUAAGUUAUGUUGCAAUAUUAAUAGACCAAAAUGACUUUUACUAAUGCUGUGCAGCUGACUUGUAUAUAAAAAAAGAUCAAUCCUUCAAAAUGUGAGCAAUACAGGCAAAGAAAGCAUGGACUGAAAAGGCGAUUCAGGGCCUACUUGGUUCUACUUCCUUAAAUGAUACUGCAUCUCUCAUUAAACGACAUAAAACGAUUAUUACAGGAUUGCAGUUCUGAUUUAUUGGCGUACCCUUUUGUCACAUAAAUCUGUUUGUGAUUGAGUAUUGAGAAAACUGCAUCAUAACUCUGUACUUGUUCUGUGUUGUAGAAGUUUCGCAGGCGGGUGCAGGAAUCUACGAAAGUCUUGAGGGAGCUGGAGAUCUCUCUGAGGACAAACCACAUUGGGUAAUCGAUUCUUAUCUCACUCUGUAUUUUGUCGGGUCACACAGAUGUAUUUUUCAGUGAACAAUGUCCAAAGAAAUCACACUAUCAUAGUACAGAAUAGUGCUGUAGCUGCUGUAGGGACCCGUAGUGCUUAUGGUGCCCAGAUAUUCCCCAUUGUUCCUACUUUGCCAAGCUCUGCAGCUCUACUUCAUAGAGCUGGUCCUCAUAAUGCCCAGAUGGUAGCCAUUGUGCUGCCUCGUCCACUCCCCCAUAGUGUGGAGCAGGAAGCUUUGUUGUGUUUGCCAGAGGGCCAGGAAGCCGAGCUGACCAAUGCUGAGCCCGACGAAAAGCACAAAAACACACUCGAGGAUACUUUAAUGUUUACACAUUUGUCAGAUUUUAAAGUAAACAAUCCCUUUGUAUUGUUUUGAGAUAUUUCGUCAAAGACAAUGGGUAUUCAGUAUGUGGGUGGAUGUUAUGUAACCCUUUCUUGCCUUUAUCUUCAGCUCUGCAGACUUGAUCCUUGGCUUUUCGAACCUGUGUCUCAUAGAUAAUCACACAUAAAAAAUAUGCAGCGAUGAUUUUCCACUGCAUACCUGAACCAGAAGGACUGGCUUUGAAUUUUCGCAGGAUUCAUUGAGUUUCAAGAGUUACUCAUAUUCUAUUAGGUUCAUCGAUGAAGGUCAGUUUCAAUGUGUUUCCCAGAAAUACACAGAGGCAGAGGAAAGAAGAAAGCUAUUUUCAGUAGACCUUUGGUGGGUGGGAUUAAGUGAAACAGAUGCUGGUUUAUUGUGUGUGUCUGAAUCCUGGGCUCUCUGAUGUGUUAUUCCUGAGAUUGCCAAGAAAAUCUGAAAUAGCAACUGGUUUGAGAGAAGUAGAGGGAGUGAGCGAGAGGAAGGAGUGAGGGGUCAGAGGCAAGGAAGGGAGAAAGGAGAGGGAGGGGUGGCAGACAGGAAACUGAUGAUCAAGCCCGCCUCCUUGUCCGCCCCCUCCUCCUUUUCCCUCCUGCACCCGUUUUUUUUUUUUUAACUUUUCACUGCUUUGUUUGCUUUCCUCUGUUCUUCUCCUCACCUCUCUUCCCUUUCCCCCCUCCCUCUCUCCUCCCUCCCCCCUCCCGCUGCUUCUUAAACCCUCUUGAUUGCUUUCCUGCCUGUUUCACCAUUGGCUGGCCAGCAGUCUGUCAUCAUAACCAGCACUUCAAGACUAUUUUAAGAACCUUUUACCCCAAUCCUGUCACCCCCCGGAGCUCCAUGAAGAAGUGGGGAGGAGGUGAAGGGGGUCUUGUGGGGGAGGCAGACAAAAUACUGUUGACUGUCAGGGGUUCGACCUGAGCCCAGCUCCUUCAGCCAUAUGCCCUCCACAUUCUUUCUCUCGUCGCAUUGGGAAUUCCUUUGUUUGGAGUUGUUUCUCUCUCCAGAAAACUGGAAUUGAACGGAGAGGAAAACUGAAGGCCUGCUUUGGUUUACUUUCCACCUCAUUCCUGCCAAGUUCCUUCAUAUUUUUGGGAGGGGGUUAGGGUUGCUUGAUAAGAUCAAUCCAAUUAAUUACAAGUUGUGUCAUAAUUUUAAAAUCCCACUAAUGAGUGUAAUGCCAAAAUUUUAUAGUGUGAAAGUGAAAGCCAAAAAUAAAAAUAAAUACAAGCUUUCAUACAGUUGAGGGGUUUUAAAAACCUAAAAAUCUCAAAACUUAAUCCGCUUCAACUCCCCAUUUCUCAGGAGAGUAAUGUCAGAAGCACAUCUACAGAAAUCUGUGUAAAAGUGUAUAUCACAACAUGUUAUAAAAGUAAUUACCAUCCUACUGUAUGCAUAUGCCUCCGCAGUUUCACUCCUGUGGCAUUUACGCUGUCUGGUUUCAGAAAACAUGAUAUUAUGUCUGGUUAAAAAAAAAAAGAAAGUUUUAAUGUUUUUAAUUUGCCCUUUCAGGUGUAUGUGAGUUUGCAGCUGCUCCUCUAUACUGUGCUCACUUUAAAGACUCUUAUCUCCUUAUUUACAUCAAAAUGUUUUCAUUAUUUUUCCUGUUGAGGAGUCCUAACACCUGAAGAGAUAGAUAAGCAGCAUCAGUGAGUAUUAGUCAUAGGACAUGCUUCAAGAAGGAAUCCUAGGAGCUAAAAAGUGACACCAAAACCACUAUUCUUCUACCACCAUUCAUUUCUUUUUUCCUGCAUUAAUCCCUGAAGUGCAGUCCUAAAGGAUAAGGGCGUGCUCUUAAUUUGGUGCCUUGCUAACAUUCUUUUGUCCCUGUUUGUCACAGGUGGGUCAGGGAGUUCCUCAACGAUGAAAACAGAGGCCUUGACGUGCUGGUGGAGUACCUCUCUUUUGCCCAGUGCGCUGUCAUGUGAGUAUCUUUGCACACACACACACGCACAUAUAUCUGUCAUGAUUACAGCCAAGACCUUUCCUAAGGAACAGGGUUGGGCGGUGUAUCCAGCUGCUGAGUUAACAUGUUGUAAUCCCGCAAAGCCUGUAAUAAACCGCUUGUGCAUCUUAAAAAAGUGCAAACCUGCAUUUGUGCCUUUUUUGGAUGUGUUCGUAUGCAUUGUUGCAUACUUUGCAAACUGAAUGUGUUUCCUGAUGCAAUGUGCUUGAGGUGAAGAGCGAUACAUUGCUUGGGUUUGGACAGAUCUGUGUGCUGAGCUUUAUCAUGCAGCUUGAUGACAGUUCUUGUGAUAACCCCUGGCUCUCUCUAUCAAGCUGCGAUGCUAACUUAACCUCCCCCUGGUGCCUCCUAUCUAUUCUCCCUGCUCCUCUGUGUUUGCUCGUCCAUCUGUCUAUCUGUCCGUCUGUCUGCUUGUAUGUGGCCCAGGUUGGAUUUUGAGGGGCUGGAGAAUGGGGAUGAUGGCUACUUGGACAAGGCUAAAUCUUGGAGUAGGUCCAUUGAGGAUCUGCACCAUACGGGCACACAACCCUUCUGCAACACACUGGUGCGCUCGGCCCGCCAGUCUGUCCUUCGGUAUGUAUUGCUAAGCUAGCUUCCCUGCUGUUACAUGUCCCUGUUUUUGCCUCGCUGUGCUAACUUUAGAUGCUUAAUGGUGUAUUAGCAUGCAAGCCGGUUAUUGUAGUUGCUGUUUUGUGACUUAAGUUGAUCUUUUGUGCAUCUGCUGACCUCUUUCUUGAACUUAGGGCUCUGCAGAUGACAAACUACAGUAUAUCACAGAUAGAGACUCAAGCCUUUGAACUUUUGCACCAUGAGACUCUCUUUGUUAACACUCCUCCCUCAUCUGCCCAGAUGUGCGUCUGCACUGUCCUCAGAUGAAAGCCAGCUGUGAGCUGCUGCAUAUGCUGGACAGUUGUGAUGCCCUUCUUCUUCAUAACUGAGCCACACACAGACAAGAGAUGAAGAGACGCAAGACUUCAAGUCUCUUAGGAGUAAAUAAGCACCAAUAGAAAGAAGAGAAAAAUAGUUAAAUUCAAAGACAAGUCAGGCUUCCAGUUUGAUUGAGAAUACAGCUGAAUUUAUUUUGGUGUAAGAUUAUGUAACGUGUGGUAUUGCCUUACAAAAGGUCUCGUAUGAUUCAGAAAUGCUGGAUCAUAAGACGGGCAAAGCCAUUUAUAAACUGCACUAAAAAGUAAUAUUAUUUACACAUGAUGACUGUGCAGUACUGUUACGUAACAGCACAUUUGACAGCAAGGAAACCAGGCAUCUCCCAUGAUGCAUUUGUAACCACAAAAGCCAUCUAAGUUUUUUCUGUCAGACCUCGUCCUCUGUAAUUUUCUCUCUCUGCCUCUCUCUGUGCCACACUGAAAACAGGAAUCGUAUAAAGAGCAGAAACACUUUAGGAGUAGAUUUACUAAGCUGAUUAAGUUUAAAGUAAAACAUAAAGUUUGACGACAGAAUUUCAACUGUUUUUAACCUCUGCGAUCUGUUUCAGCUAUGGCACCGUCCCCAACAGCAAAACCAUCAAGAACUCCCGCCUCGUGAGCCAAAAAGAUGAUGUGCAUGUGUGCAUCAUGUGCUUGAGAGCAAUCAUGAACUAUCAGGUAACCAGACAGUGACAUCAACACCUUUGACAUCUGCUGUGAACGUGAGGAGUUUGUGUUUCCUGUGCAGUCUGUUGUUACCCACAUUUAACCACAUCCUGCUUUCUCUCUCUCUCUCUCUCUCUCUCUCUCUCUCUCUCUCUCUCUCUCUCUCUCUCUCUCUCUCUCUCUCUCUCUCUCUCUCUGUCUCUGUUUCUUUGCCUUCUUCAUGCAGUACGGCUUCAAUAUGGUCAUGUCUCAUGCACACGCAGUCAAUGAAAUUGCUCUCAGCUUGAACAAUAAGAACUCACGGUAAGAACCGAGGCCGCCCCCAUUUUCAGAGAGGCAACAAUAGGGGGAGACCCUGCAGCCAGUUCAUUUGAUAUGCUCUCAUUCUCCACGGGGCUGAGCUUUUCUCUGAAGUUGGGGAUCAGAGACAUAGAUACAGGCUCUGGGAGGAAUGUUUAGUGUUUAGCGCUGGCAGAUUAGUGCUAAACUGCUGAGCCUGAUCACUUUAUAAUGAAGGGUAGAAAUGUUAACGCUAUAAAAACCAUUAGGAUCCACAAUUCCUGCAGGGUUUAGUGUGAUUUAUAGAUUUAAACUCUUCUACAUUCGUAUUAUUCUGGUUAAACACACUAUAUCUGUUUAACUUUCCCACUUUUAUUCCAAAAGAGAGUUGAUUUACAAGUGUCUCCUGUUUGUCCAGGACAAAAGCCUUGGUCUUGGAGCUGCUGGCUGCCGUCUGUCUCGUCCGAGGAGGUCACGAGAUCAUCCUCUCAGCAUUUGACAACUUCAAAGAGGUGCCCAAAGCAGGGUUUUAAUGAAAUUUGGACCAUCACUUUCCAAUGUAGCACUCUUCAUACCUGACAUUAAUUAAAUUGCCAUCAUUUCCCACAUCACUGGUGUGCAUGAAAGCAUGAGGGUCAGUGUAGAGGGAUGAAAGCUGGGGCUUUCUAGGGGUUUUCAUGUCUACUGAGGGUGUAAGCAAAGCUCUACAGUGGCCUGUCUGAGGUCAUUAGUCUCAUUAAGACACCAGAUGUGAGCCAACCUUGAACAAUGAUAUGGAUCAACUCCCUGAUGAGAGCCAGUGGACCACAAAGGUUUGCUUUCUGCCCGCACAGUCAGCUAAACACCGGAACAGGACAAUUACCUUGCAGUUGAAAGCUCCCGGGAGAUGUGGGAGCUAAUCAACCCACUAGUCAAAACAAGAUGGUGUUUCUGUUGUGGUGUUUUUUUUUUUAAAUAGAUACUCUGAUACAAGGUGACAGGUCUUUGAUAUCCCACAAAAGAGGCCACCAGUUGCACUCAACUAAAGCCAAAAUCAGGAUUACCAGAAAUGGGCAUGGGUUUUUUAAGAUUCUUCCAGUACUAAAAAUAAAAAAAAACAUUUAUAACUUGGAAAACAGAAGCAGCGUAUUUUUGUGUAGGAAACAGGCUAAAGUUAUCAGUCAUGGGUCUUUCCUUUUGCCGUCUUUCCUUCCCAUGAAUUAUGAAAAUAAGCAGAAGUGGCUCUUAAAAAUGAAGGAAGUUAUCAUCAGUUUACAUAUAGCAAAACUCCUGGGAUCAUCAUGUUUACUCUUGGAAUGAGCGUAACGAAAUAAUAUGGAACAUUAUUAGUUUUUGUAUGAAAUGUUGCAACAAAGUAGAUACAGACUUCUCAUGUUUGUUUUUUAUACCCAUGUCCAUGAAUACAUGAUAAUACUACUAAAAGUACAUAUUUCACAUAGUGUUGCUCACUAGUGUUAUUGUUGGGAAUGUACAAAAACAACUGGGACAUUGUAGAGGGCAGACAAUGAUGCCUUUAGUUUCUCACUUUUAACGCGCUAAGCCUUCAGCUCCUCAAGUCUUCAUCAGAGCUUACAUGUCAAACAGUAAACAGGCAGCGUCAGUGACCUUCUCCAGCACCUUUCAAAGUUCGAGCAGCAGUCUCUGCAAAAUGUUGUCGUAAUCCUAAAAUAUUUCAAAUAUUUUGUGCUCAUUCUUCAUGUAAGCUUUAGUUUAUUGUAACAGCUCUACUGUGCAUGUCCUUAAAAUAAAAGUGAACUUGAAGCCCCCCUGUUUGAUAGGAGGCUUCCCUACCUGUUAAACGUCAGAGUUAUGAGUCAGAUUGAUCACUUUAUUUUUAUCAUGAAACACUUGUGUCUUUUUUUCUGGUCUUGUGUUUGUUGGAUUGAGAUUUCCUCCUGAUUUAACUUCCAAUUCAAGUAAAAAUGACAAAAAUUUAAACUCUUUUUAUGAAUUGUCAACUUUGUGAAUGGGUUCAAAUGAAGACAUCUGUAUUUUUGCAUCGUAGGUUUGUAAGGAGAAGCAUCGCUUUGAGAGGCUGAUGGAGUACUUCCGCUGUGAAGAGGGAAACAUUGACUACAUGGUAUGAUGAACUUUGUAUCAUGAAUAGAUACUUUCUUAUUGAUUUGAACUGGGACCAAAUAAAUACUGUAUUGUCUCAGUUAGUGUGGGCUCCUAUGGAACUAGGGGACUAUGGAACUAAGUCAGAAAUUAGGGCUGGGCGAUACAGCCUCAAAUCAAUAUCACAAUAUAUUGAGCAGUUCACUUUGAUAAUGAUAAAUGGAUAACUACUCCAGCCGCUACAACUUUUGAACCAUCCUCCAUCUCCUCACCUGUCUUUCCCUCUUUGUUACGAACUGGAUAGGGUUGACUCACGUCUCCGACGUAGGACAGUGUCUUAAAGGGACAUGAGACCAUAGCCCACUUACACAUAUCGUUAUUGUCUCAAAUUUCUGUAUCGGUAAAUUUUCGGUUUGUCUCCCUGCCCUAUUAGAAAUAUCAGCAUAUUCCUGCAAAGAUAUUAGCUGUUGUAUAAAAUAUUAAGUUAGUACAUGCAGUUAUUUAAGCUAUGGAAAAUUCAACCAGUGAGUGAGGUCUACAUCUGUCUGCUUUCUUCUCUUCUAGUGCUGAUGUUACGGAAUUCAAUCACAAUUUGCUGCAAGACAUUUGUAUUUCCAUUUGUCUGUUUCUCUGCUCCAGGUUGCUUGCAUGCAGUUCAUCAAUAUUGUGGUCCACUCAGUGGAGGACAUGAACUUCAGAGUCCACCUGCAGUAUGAAUUCACCAAGCUUGGACUGGAUGAUUACCUGGAGGUGAGACUGAUGAUGCUGCAUAAAUUGGUUUAUGUAAGGAGUGUGUAGAGUGUCACUAAUGCUGAUUUGUUCUCUCUAAUGUUGCAGAAAUGCAAACACACAGAGAGUGACAAGCUGUCAGUGCAGAUCCAGGCCUACCUGGAUAACGUAUUUGAUGUGGGUGGUCUCCUGGAAGAUGCAGAGACAAAGAAUGCAGCUCUGGAGAAGGUGGAGGAACUGGAGGAGCACCUGUCCCAUGUAAGUGCACCACCCAGUCUGGACCACCAACACUCACUUUAUGAGUAUGUAGUGGUUCACCAGACAUGUACUUAACUCGGCUGUUUCUACGCAGUGAUUAGAAAUCUAAACAGUGUUUGCAUUUCCCAAGUGCUUCAGAAUAAUGAAGGGGUGGAGAGCGCUGGAAAGUACUGAGCGUGAAAACAAUCUUAAUAUUGUUCUUGUGUUUGCCCGUUCUCUCUGGUCAGUUGCCUUUGCAUCCCACGUCGGUUCGCAAAGACCUUUCUCACAUGGAAAGGUCACGGGCAGCUCUGACAUCAUGCAAGGAAUUUCAUAACAAACUCCGAUCUCAGGAGUCAGGAAUGAUGGGGGAGGAGGAGGGUGGAGAUUCCUUGUGAAUUCCUUUGCAACAUGGGCAAUCUUUCCAAAAUCAAAACUAAAAGCUGUGUCGUGCUUUUGCUGCGUCAUGAUGCUGAGCCAUAUCUUGUUUCAUAUUGAUGAUGCACACCAUAUGGGAGGAGGGAGGGAGGCAGCAGGUCUGGGAAAGAUGCUCCCGAUGUGGAUCAAUACUUCUAUCUACCACCUCUCAUCUCUGCUGCCUUUCUUUAUUCUUCCUCAGGUGACGGAGAAGCUGCUGGAGGUCGAGAAUGAAACAAUGAUGAAGGUGGCUGAUCUGGAGAAGAUAGUCCUUCAGAAAGAUAAGGACCUGCAAGUCAUACGGGUAAGCUGGCAGCUGUGAUGAUGUCAUAUUUGCAUCAGAUAAACUCCGCUUCACUUUGCUGUGAGUUAGCAGAGAUCACCGUCAGAUGCAGAAAGCCAAAUUGCUGUUAUAGCAAAUUAGGUCAGCAGGAAACAGGAUGUUUCUUUAGCUUUUAGAGUCAUUGUGUUGUGCUCUUUAUCCCCCCCUGGUGACUAUUCAGGAGACGUACGAGUCAACCAACACCCAGGUCAACACCCUGAGGAGGAUGAUAAAAGAGAAGGAUGCUGCCUUUCAGAGACACUUUAAUAUUGAGAGGCGACUGCUGGAGCUCGAGCAGCAGGGGACCAUCCGUCUGCACAAGAAGCCUGAUGGAGACAUUUCCAUCGAGCCUCUGGGUGUAGGAGGAGGGGGUGGAAUGGGAGGCAGUGGCCUUGGCAUCCCACUGGGCGACAUUGGACAGCUUUCUUUCAGUUCAUCAGCUGGUUUGACAGAACCAGGAGGAGUGGACACCAGUUUACCACCAGCAAGCGAAGCUCCUCCACCACCUCCUCCACCCCCUCCGCCUCCUCCUCCUCUGCCCUCUGCCUCAGGUGAUGAACUGUGACGCGCAUGGAUCAUGUCUGGUGACACAUAUGUGUGAAAGUUGAUGUGGUUCGACUAUAGAUCCUCAGAAGAGGGUUAUUUUCAGUUCCUUUUGACUUCUUUGUGAAUCCGUGCCAAGCCAGGUGACGGGUCACAGCAGUGUUUCAACCCCAGACAGGAAAAGGAAAGACAGAGCUGGUUUCCUCUGUGUGUCAGCAGGCAGCACAGUGUAGCACAGAAACAAAAACAAGAGUUUAAGCAGUUUCCAUCUGCACAUACGACAUACAACUACUUUAGGGUUGUAAAGAACCAAAUAGAAUAUGGAUAGCAUGGCAUCACAAGACACAUAAAAUGGCAUAGGGAGUGAGACCAAAAAGCUUCAUUUAAUUGAUUUAUUUAUUAAAAUCCUCAGGAAGAAGCAACCUAGAAAGAGAACCUUAAUCUGCUGAGGUACAGACAAUAAUAAAGCUCAUACAGCAGAGCAAAUAAAGUAAAUAAAUUGACAGUAAAAUGUAGAAUAAUCCAUAAAAAUGGAAAAUAUCAAUGCAAAAAAAAUGAUUUAAAUCAGUAAGCAUAAAAUAAAAACUGGUGUUGUCUUCAUGCUAUUGAUGUGGUCAGCUUAAAACUUUUCUGAAGCUAAUUUUGAGUAUUUUGUGCUAAAAGCGAAUCUUCUUAUUUAGAAUCUGUACGGUGAACCAUGACUGGGAGCGUGUUGAGUCUAUAGCAAAUUUCCCCUCAGUGGGAUGAAUAAAUAUCUUAUAUCCACCCACUUUUAAGGUGUCACAGCUAUAAGAGAAGAGGGGAUUUUUCUAUUAAUUGCUUUAUAAAUAAAUGCAUAAAAAUCCCUUUUUUCACCUAACCAAUAGAGCAGCACAAAAUGACAAAUCUCUCAACUAUCCCUGAUUACAAAUCUCGGUACUGAAUGAUACACUGCGUCUAAAGGAAAAUAACUUAAAUAUUUUUUUCAUUGUAUAAUAGGAGAACAAGAUUUUGAGACUGUUACACGUAUUUUAAAAGUAGGUUUUUAUGCACCCAGAUUCUAAUCUUUUCCAGUACUGCACUCUUUCUCUUCCUUUAUCAUCCACAGAUUGGAGUUCAUUUCUGUCAUAGUCAGUGUGCCUCACAUAUGAUUGUACAUCUUUUAAGCUUUCACUAAGUUUAGGACCAAUUAGUUAACAUAUCAGGAUAAAUUAAAUACUGUAAGUGUUUAGAAUUUAAAUGAACUGCUUUUAUAAACUCUUACAUAAUCAUUACAGGCCCACCACCACCUGCCCCACCACCACCACCUCCUCUUGCGCCACCUUUGCCAGAUGCUUCUCCCUCAGUCAUCCUUAGUUUGGGUCUCUCAGGUAAGAGAUGACACAAGAUGGCAUAUUUUUGUUAUAGACAUAAAUAACUUGAAAAGCUGACUGUUUCUAAAGUAUUUCAUUUAAUUCUUAUCUCCAGCUAUCAGAAUCAAGAAGCCCAUAAAGACCAAGUUCCGCCUUCCUGUGUUCAACUGGACGGCCUUAAAACCCAAUCAGAUCAACGGCACAGUCUUUAACGAGAUUGAUGAUGAAAGAGUCCUCGAGGUAAAUCAAGCAGAUUAGAAGAUAACAAUGCUUAAAAGUCCUGGAAAAUGACUUUUAUACUUAGAUAUUUAUGCCUUGAAAAGCCACAGAGUUUUUGUUCUAAAUAACAUCUCUGUGUGUAAGUUUCUAACUGUUUUUUUACCCUGUUUGAAAGUUAAAGGAUAAACAUUGAUUGUCAAUCUCGUGCAGGAGCUGGAUCUGGACAAGUUUGAAGAACUGUUCAAGACCAGAGCCCAGGGUCCAAUUGUGGAUUUCUCCUGCACGAAGGGCAAAGUUGCCCAGAAAGCCGUAAACAAAGUCACACUUCUGGAUGCCAAUCGCUCCAAGAACUUGGCAAUCACGCUGCGCAAGGCUAACAAGACCACAGAGGAGAUCUGCAAAGCAAUAGAGAAGUAUGCACUUUGUUGACUAUUUCAGUCACACAAAAUAGAGAACAAGCUGUUAAUAAUUUUUUUGUUCUCUAAGGUUUGACCUCAAAGCCCUACCUGUGGACUUUGUUGAGUGCCUGAUGCGUUUCCUGCCGACUGAAGCGGAGGUGAAGGUGCUGCGUCAGUAUGAGCGUGAGCGGCGUCCGCUGGACCAGCUUGCAGAGGAAGAUCGCUUCAUGUUAUUGUUCAGCAAGAUCGAGAGGCUCACCCAGCGGAUGAACAUCAUCACUUUUGUCGGGAACUUCUCCGACAACACCAACAUGCUUACGCCACAGCUCAACGCAAUUAUUGCUGCUUCUGGAUCCGUGAAAUCCUCGCCAAAAUUAAAGAAAAUGCUUGAGGUGAGAGCUGAAGUGGAUAGAAGUUUUUUUAACCUGCAGCAUUUUUAUUAACAUCUCUUCACUCAGUGGUUUUGUUUUGCUUGUAGAUCAUCUUAGCUUUGGGGAACUACAUGAACAGCAGCAAGAGAGGAUGUGUUUAUGGCUUUAAAUUACAAAGUCUAGAUCUGGUGAGUAAAAUGUCAAAGAAAUCAGCUCAUAAAUAUAGCACACAGUUGAGCUCUGCAAUGCUCCUGCUAAUGUUUCCCUUGUUACACAGCUGCUGGACACUAAGUCGACAGACAGGAAGAUGACACUGCUCCACUACAUAGCUCUUAUUGUGAAAGAGAAAUAUCCUGAACUGGCAAAUUUCCACAACGAGCUGCACUUUGUGGAUAAAGCUGCAGCAGGUAAGUCCAAACCUAGAGGACUCAUCAGCAGUAAUGUCAGUUUGAAGUUAAUUUAGUUUGAAGCUAAUUCUCAUGUUAAAAUUAAAUGUUAUCUUGUUAAAUUUCAUGCUAAAGUGUCCCUGGAAAAUGUGCUGCUGGAUGUGAAAGAGCUGGGCAAAGGCAUGGAGCUGAUUCGCAGAGAGUGCAGCCUCCACGAUCAUUCAGUCCUGAAAGGUUUCGUCCAGACCAGCGACACGCCACUGGACAAGCUGCAAAAAGACGCCAAAACAGCAGAGGUAUCCGAUACUCUCCUUGUCUCCAAACCUCAAAGGAAAAGACCUAAAAUUAGAUAUUGUGUAGCUCUGUUUUUCCCCAACUGACCUCUUUACACAAAACCCAUCACAUCUUGACGUUUAACUCUGGCACUGUCCUCCCUCCCAUUUCUAGGAAGCCUUCAACAAUGUGGUUAACUACUUUGGAGAGAGUGCCAAGACGACUCCACCCUCAGUGUUCUUCCCCGUGUUUGUGCGCUUCAUCAAGGCCUACAAGGUGACGAAACAGAGCGAAUCUUUCCCUGAGUGUUUUCAGUCAGGGUGAAAACUGUAGAAAACUUCUCUGGCUUCAGAUUUCGUCAUUUUCAGAUGAGGGCGGUCAGUGCUCUGGCUGCCUCUCUGCCACAGGACGUGGCGUAUAGCCUGCAGCCAAAUAACAGGAAAGGCCAGCUGGGUCUGACCCCAGAGCUGCAGCUGUGGCGUUCAGGCUGGUUCUACCCCCCCUUACCUCCACCCAGUCCUUUCCUUCUCCUUCCCCUCCCCCUUUACCCCCAGACGGCCUUGCCCUGCCCCACCACACAGCACACUUCCUGAGAUUGUUCUCAGACUGGAUUUAUGGGAUCUGCUUAAGGAAAUGUGCAACACAAGGAUUUCUGUGUAUGUGUGAUUCUAUGGGGUUUCGACACAUACACACGGACAUUUGGCAAAGGCACUUGGACAUUUGGGGUGAAACCGUGGACUGGAUCAGACCCACUGGUGUUUAUACUAAACUUUUAAACAUACGAAUAUAAGAGUGGUGGGAAAACUCCUCAUCUUGGGCGAAGCUAGAUGGCAGAUUAGUGUGAAUCUAAAUAUAUGAAAUGAUCGCCGUGAGUUACUUUUGUGCUUAUCAACAGUAUUUGUGUUUGGUAAAGAUUGAAGAGUGAAAGUAGAGAAGGAAAUGUUCUACUUUUGUUUUCUAUAUCCUCAACUGGUCAAAUAAGUGUGUUUAAGCCUCAAUUUCUUAUUUCUUUUUCACCUCUCAACAGGAUGCAGUGGAGGAAAAUGAACAGAGGAAAAAGCAGGAGCAAGCAAUGAGAGAGAAGUUGCUGGCUCAGGAGGCUAAACAGCAUGACCCCAAGGUAGAGUCUAAGUGCAUGCAUCUGAGCUGAGUGCAAGCAAACAGAUGUUUACUUAGUGCUAAAUAAAGCUCUGUGGUGUGCAAAAAGAAGCACAAGAAUAGUACAAAUAACCUCUGUGCUGGUUUAGGUCCAGGCCCAGAAGAAGAGGCACCAGCAGCAGGAGCUGAUCGCAGAGCUGCGCAAACGUCAAGCCAAAGACCACAGACCAGUGUAUGAGGGCAAGGAUGGCACUAUUGAAGACAUCAUCACAGGUGGGCCAGACAGCACCCUCAAAAGACCACAUGUGGGUGCCAGAAGCCCUGGUCGUCCCAGGUCAAGGAUGACUGUAGUCAUUCACUGUUCAGCUCCGUUGAAGUGCACCUUGUGCUAUGUGGUGCAGACGCCUCCACAUCUGGAGCACAGCACAUAACAGCGCAGCGGCUGCCUGUUGUUCCAUGACGUGCUGUUGGGUAGUUAAAUCUAAAAUGUGACACAAACACUAAAGCUGCUGAACUUCAAUGUAAAGGUAGACAGAUAUUUAAGUUCCAGUUUAUCACCUGUAAUUACAGUAUCAUUUUCUACAGCCUCUAAUUUAUUUAAAACAUACUUUGAUUUUUUUAGGUUUUUUUUUUUUUUGGUAGAAAAAUGAUAAAAUCCCAGCGGGAACUACAUGACUGUAGACAGUUUUUCUUCCAUCUGCCACUAUGAGUCAACAAACCUAUUUUAAACCCUUACAUGUGGGGAUGAAACAUUGUACCCACUGACUCAGGACAGAAUUAAGCCAAAUGGUGUUUUUUGUCAGGAUUUUUAAUAGUUACCUUAACAUGUAAAUAACACAUUAAUAUUGUUUUAAAUGUAAAUAAUGCUUUUAUUGCACUACCAUCAGAGCAGUUUACAGCUAAAUAUGCAGUUUAUGCCAGUAUAAAAGAUGCUUAUUGUGCUCAUCUAAUGACACUUCACUUCUAGUUCCUCUAUUGAGCAUUUAAAGGCAGUGUAGUUCUCAUAUUUCUGAUUGUUGUUUUUAAUAGCAUAGUUUUACAUUACAAAAUGGUCUCUAGCUACAAGGACAUUUUUUUCACAGCUUUUCUUCUUUCAUGUUGCAGGAAGAUGUAUUUGAUUUUCCUAUAGAUACCUUUCAGUUGUUUGUUGUUCAAAUACGUCCAAAGUUGUUAUAGCUGCUUAAUAAGACUUUAAUUUGUAUCUGCUUACCACUCCAAUUACUAGACAUUAUGUAGUGAUAGCAAAUGCACAAUAGAGUGACCUAAAGUGAAGUGUGUCUCCCGUUCCUAUUAAAACUGUAAAAGUGUGGUUACAUAGAUAUGCGUACACAGACACAGUUUUUUUAGGUUCAUCUGAAGAACUCUGAAGCUGGUCCAGUGUUUUUACCCCCUACAGAAUGACAGUGUCUCAGGUGUGACUUAUUUUCUCUCCCUCCCCCUCCUCCCCCCAGUCCUGAAGAGUGUGCCCUUCACAGCCCGCACUGCUAAACGCGGCUCACGGUUCUUCUGUGAAGCCAACCUCUGUGACGACGCCAACUGCUAGCCCUCCCCUCCCUCUAAUGCCAAGGUUGUCCAGGUGUCUCUCGUACGCCUCCUGACCCUACUGUGCAUGCAGCAUGAUCCCCGUCAAACCCCUUAAACUCAUCCCCACCACCCAAACUACAACUACUUUGAACUAACGUGGGCCGUCAUUGGUUGUUUGUUUGACUUGAGUAGCAUCCUAUCAGGCAUUUAGUGAUAGGAGUCGGCCAAACCUCUUUGCCUGGCAGGGAUACAAAAUAAGGUUGUUGUGCAGAGGUUGUCAACAUAUUGUAUGAGUUGGAAUAUGUUUGACACGCUCACAGUACAAUCAGCUAUGAUUGUGUUUGAAUCAUUAAUUCAGGCCAUCGUGCAUGACCUACAGUAUGUUAAAAGCUGUAUUAUUGUCGUGGUAAAUUGAGCUAAAUUCAACAAUCAUAACAUAUAAAGAGGUUUGGCAACUUGACUGUUUCAUCAACAAUGCUUUGUUCCAUGAAACUAACUUGUUUGGUGUUGGUUUCUUAGCUAACAUGUGACUCUUCUUUCCUCAACCCACCACUGUCUAUUCUACCCCCAUCCAGCUGAAAAGAAGAUUAAUGACAGUAUUUCCCACUCCUAAGAGAGGGUAAGGAAGGUAGCCUGUCUGAAAAAACGGCCCAGCUUGGUCCUUCGGCUCCUGUGUGCUGCUACAGUGAUGUCAGACGCUUCAGCUACCUGCUUUGAAUGCAAAAAUAAAAAAAUAUUAAGAACCUAAGAUGCUUCACAACACUGAGGUCGCUUUACAACUUGAAAACAAGAUACCUGAAGAUGUUUGGUUGUUGAAAAUUCAAUACCGCUUAUCCCAACAGCCAUUAAAACAAGACUCCCUGUCAAACUAUUUAAGGAGAUGAUCAUUUAGGUUGUGCACAAUUUGUUUUAUCUGCCUAACAGUCUAUUUCAACAAGAGAAAACAAUGGUAGAGGAAAAGUACAAGUAAAAACAAAGCCAAUCUAUUAUGCACACAGUGCUUGUAGCUCUUCCUAACAUUAAUUUUAACCAGGUUAAUUUGCUCUUUCUUGUGGCUAUUGUCUUUUUCAUCUUCAAAUGAUAGGAGCUUUCUUUAAGUGUUUGAAUAUCAGUUUUAAAGUGAUAUUUAAAAAAUGAUUUCAACAUUUUCAACAUCUCUGCACAUAGGGUCCACAGAUCAGAAUUUCUCUGCUUCAUAUCUGAAAACAUCCGUCAUCAUUUCAUUACCAUCAUCUUUCUCACCCCUUCUCAUUACAUGUUGCAUGUUGUCCAGUGUUAAUUUACCUCUCACCUGUCAACAAUGUCCGCCCUGUUUUAUCUUCGCUCAGUCUCACCCAGCUCUGUUAGUGCAGCGGCUAAGUACAAAUUUUAUCCAGAAUCGUUCAGUCAGUAAAACAAACACCAAAAUUGGCAUGAACAUUCUCUGUGGGUCACUUGACUAGAAAAGUGUCCCAGCCAUUUGAAAUUUCAAGAUGGCGGCCAUUUGUCUAGAUGGUCGCCACCUAAGUGGAAAAAUUAGGUGAUGUACUUGUUAAGUUGGUGAUAUAGCCAUGAAAAUUGAUAGUCUUCAUGAGUCACUUAAUAAGUAAAUGCCCCACACUGCUUGAAAUUUCCCGAUGGUGGACAUUUUAAAGAGCAGUCAAAGGAUGUAAAGUUGGUGUCAUAAACAUGAAAAACAGUAAGACCAUUCUCCAUGAGUAACUUAACAAGGAAAUGCCCCAAGCUGCUUGAAAUUUUAAGGUGGCGACCAUUUAAAGACAAGGGGAAGUAGUAGUCCUGGUGUGUCCACAUAGCUCAGAGGAUAAGAAGACUGACUGGGACUCCUGAGGUUGUGGGUUUGAUCCUUGCCUUAUCCAGGUUGAGGUAUAAUAAUAAGUCUGGUGUCUAGAAAGGAGAGUGAAAUAGGAAAGAACCAGAGAUCUCUUGCAUGUCCACAUAGCUCAGAGGAUAAGAAGACUGACUGGGACUCCUGAGGUUGUGGGUUCGAUCCUUGCCUUAUCCAGGUUGAGGUGAAAUUAUAAGUCUGGUGUCUAGAAAGGAGAGUGAAAUAUGAAAAAAACUGAAUUCUCUGGAGUGUCCACAUAGCUCAGAGGAUAAGAAGACUGACUGGGACUCCUGAGGUUGUGGGUUCAAGCCUUGCCUUAUCCAGGUUGAGGUGAAAUUUUAAAGUCCUUUAGCCAAAGUAAGAAGGUUAAAGCAUGCAGACCUCAUGCCCAAAUAUGGAUCCUAUCCUAUCUAGUGGCCCUGUAUAGAAGUCUAUUGGCACCCAAUGGGGCCUAGUGUGAUACCAGCUCGUGGCUGGAGAGUAUUAGUAAUGAUCAGAUUAUUUUUUUUUCAUCAUUAGAGGUGAUGAUGGUUAUUCAUCACUUCUUAAGUGUUGAGACAUUAAAGUUAGGUUUCUUUUUUCUCAUCAUUUCAUUACUUUGAACUUCCCCGCCACUAGCCGGAAUCGAACCGGGGUACCCACAUUGGGAGCCAGUUGACUACCACACAGUGCUACAAGAUACGAUCCACACUUGGGUAUGAGCGCUGCGCGCUUUUAUCUUGGUACUUUGGCUCCUGGACUUUAAAAUUCACCUAGACCUGGAUAAGGUAAGGAUCGAACCCACGACCUCAGGAGUCUCAGUCAGUCUUCUUAUGCUCUGAGCCAUGUGGACACACAGGAGAACUCCAGUUAUUCCCUAUUUCAUUCUCCUUUCUAGACACCAGACUUUAAAUUUCACCUCGACCUGGAUAAUGCAGGGAUCGAACCCACAACCUCAGGAGUCUCAGUCAGUCUUCUUACCCUCUGAGCUAUGUGGACACAACCAAGACUUCUGUUUUUUUCUUGUUUCACUCCACGAGAUACAUCCUGUGGUAUCCCCACUGCAAGAGGAGAACAAUGCUCCUCUUCUCCAUAUCCCUUUAGGGGCUCCUUCAUAAACAUCUGUUCGAAUUAAAAAGAAAAACACAAAAUAUUAAAAAGAAAUAUUAAAAAAUGGUCACCAUCUUGAAAUUUAGCUUAGGACAAUUUCUUAUAAAGUUACUCAUGGAGAAUGGUCUUACCAAUUUUCAUGUUUAUAUCACCAACUUGAUGAGAUGGCAGCCAUCUUUACAAUGGCCGCCAUCUUAAAAUUUCAAGCAACUUGGGGCAUUUUCUUGUUGAGUGACUCAUGAAGACGGUUCAUACAAAUUUUCAUGCCUAUAUCACCAACUUAACAAGGACAUCACCUAAAUGUUUUACCUAGGUGGCCAUCUUGAAAAAUGGCCGCAAUCUUGAAAUCUCAAAUGGCUGGGACACUUUUCUAGUAAAGUGACCCAUGAAGAAUGCUCAUGCCAAUGUUCAUGCUUGUAUCACUGACUGAACGAUUAUGUUACUUAUCUGCUCCACUAAGUGUUUAAAAAGCUGUUUGGUCAACAGGCUCUAAAACAAUCAUUCAGUCAAUGACAAAUACUCACUAAAAUUUACGUCCAGUUCUGUAACAGAGCUUAAAAGUUUCUUCAGUGUAAAAGUCUGCAGCUUGAUAUUGCUCAGCAAAUGAAGAGCUUGUUGACCUUUUUACCUGACCUGUUGAUAAUUGUGUCUGCUGCAGUGUAAGUGUUAAAGUUGCAGCAGCUACAUUCUCAAAACCUUGAAUUUCACUGAUUUCUACAGCUUGAAACUCAAGGUUAUGAGAAUGUAGCUUUCAGUGUCGAGUCUGUGUUGCUUGGAUUUGCUCAAUUUUUGUUCCUAAUACAAAGUUAACAAAUUGUAACUGCAGCAGAUUAUUAAAAAUCAUUUCACCAAAUUGUAUCAACAUAUACACACAGUUGCCAUUUUAUUGAGAAUAGCUGGUCACUGAAGUCAAAUACAACUGUCCAUUGAUGGUAAGUUUAUCCUAAGGCAGCUGUAACUUCUGUGAGGAACUUCUGGUUUGGGUAGAUUUCUGUGCCUCCUUUUGAUAAAGUGGUGCUUCUCUCUCUGCACUUAAUCGAUGGUAACAGGCAUAAAAAAAAUAGAUAAAUAUUCACACAAAUAAUUCAUCUUGUUCCUUGUUCUUGUUUAGGUCAUCAGUAUUAAUUUCAUUAUCUUUAAAAAGUACUAUUGAGUGAGUAAACAUGAACUCUACAGAGUUGUAUUGAUAAGGUUUGGGGAUAGUUUGCAGCCUAUUUGUUGCUGUGAUAUUUUAGCUGCUUUUGAAACAGACCAAAACAUUUAUCUUAAUAAAAAAAAAUAGAUCAUCAAGCAAGAAGUUUAAUAGCUUUUGAUAUGUUUUUCAAUACCUGUCAAUGCUGCCACAGGGUAGCAAUGAUAACAUCUCCGUGCAAUCGAAAUGUUACUUGUGCGGGUCCACAGGGGGCAGCAAAUCAACUCAAAGCAAAAUUUUCUCACAGGAGCUUAAAAUAGAAAAGUGUUUCUGUUCUUUAGCCCAACUUCAUACUUUGGAACAAAGUGGGCUAAAUAGAAACACACCAGCUUCUCAGAUGGCAACUGGAUGUAUUUUCCUAGAUUUAUCUUGGCUUGAAAACUCUUAAAAAAGAACAUAAGUAAAUAGAGGCAUAUAUUGGGUCCUCUAACAUGUGUGUCCCACGUCUCUCACCCCUCUCUCACCCUUGUCUCCCUGCCUACUCAGAUCUACGAAACCAGCCUUUCCUGCGAGCUGAUGCGUUGAUCCGGAGCGGUUGGAAGAGACCCUAAACCACUUAUUUGUCACUUAUACAACCCUGCCUCCCUCCCCAGUAUAACCCCCCUCCCUGUGUGGCCUCCAUCUAUCCCAACCCUGAGGCUGCAGAAUACAAAGACUGAAAAGAGAGGACAGGACAGAGCCCUUGUGUUAGCAGGGGUUAUUUAUUUAUUUAUGGAGGCCCUUUUACAGCCACUUUAAGCGAGUGGACAUCAUUACAGAAGCACGGUGGGUUUCUCCAGACUCACUGCAAUCACUAGACUUUCCAUGCCGUGUUUCCAAUCAGAGGAGGACUACAGGGCAGGUGGGUGAGUUGAGAGCUGGAGGACCACAAAGCGGGAAGAGCGGGGUUUUCUCUAGCAGGUGCCUGCCAGCGUGUGACUUGAUUCCCAGGACUAUUAAUUCCCUCAGAUCAUGAAGUCGUUGCAGGGCCUCUUUCGGACUGAGAGGCAGCCAAAGGGAGAUGCCAACUCUGCUGCUGGAAUAUUGCCUUGAAGACACCCACAAAAGUCUCCGCCUUGUAACAGAGAAGCUUCGAUUUUAUGUUACGAGACAUUUGUGAACUUCUUCCCGACAUAAAGCCUGAGUCCACAUAUUCAAUCAAGACUUCAUGUUGACUCCUGUUCAUUUUGAUUGCGCAUGUAUCCGGGGAGAAAGAUCAAAAGUUUAAAUGCGACUUUUCGACAUGCUAGCCAGACCAAAAUUCUUUGAAUGUCCCAUGUUUUGCUUAAGUGCCUUUCUUUCUGUGUAAACAGUGUUAAUUGUUCAGUCAGCCAUAAUUGAUUAUUUUACAUCUUUCAUUUGUUGAAGACUGUAUUUUCCUUGUACUAUAACAUUAGCCUUAUAACAACUUACAAGAGUUUCCAGCUUUGAUACGUAAGGUGAAGGUAGUAAUAAUUGGAGGAUUAUUCUUCUAUACCUCUCUUGAACUCUUGCAGACUCUUGUGCCUUUUGAAAGUGGCCCUUAAAAAUAUGUUAUAUGCCUUGACAACACUUCUGUCACAUUGAAAGUGACACAUAGGGAGUGACGAAUGGACUGCUGUUUAAGGACCUAGAGGACAUUUACCUGCUUUAGAUGAAGGAUGUAUCUAUUCUAUCAGGUCUUCUCUUUCGAGCUUCUCAUUUUAAAUCUCCUCUGUUUUUAGAGAUGAUGCUUUUUUCUCCUAACAGCUGUUAAAGCUUACAUUGGCACAAAGGGAGCAAUACUUCUUUACACUACUUAAUUUGGCCUAGUAUUGUAUGAGACACUAUUUUGAAAGUGUACAUUUAUAUUGAUGUGCAUUUGAAUCAAGAAAUUUACUUUUGGAAGAAAUGAUCCAUGAUUUUGUCUAUUGACUGAAAGAUGACACUUAAUGUUUAAUAAAUAAGAUGGAUUAUGUAA